GGCGGGAGGAAGCAGGGCCUGACAACUCCCACCCACUCUGCCAGUCUAAGGCGAGGGGCUGCACCUAGCACAGCAGGAGUCGCCGCAGCGCCCCUAACCGCCUCACCAUGAGCCUGGAACCCCCCAAGACAGAGAUCCGGUCGGCCACCAGGGUGAUUGGGGGGCCUGUCACCCCCAGGAAGGGGCCACCUAAAUUUAAGCAGCGGCAAACCAGGCAGUUCAAGAGCAAACCACCCAAGAAAGGUGUCCAGGGCUUUGGAGAUGACAUCCCUGGGAUGGAAGGCCUCGGAACAGACAUCACGGUCAUCUGUCCCUGGGAGGCCUUCAACCACCUGGAGCUGCAUGAGCUGGCCCAAUACGGGAUCAUCUAGUGGACGCCGCCAGCCCCGCCACCCGCGCCAGCCCCACCCAUGUGUCCUGGAGAGGGGCCUCUAGCCCCAAUGGCACCAGGAUGCAAGGUGGGGCCUCUAGACACCUGUGAACCACUCCUGUCACCUCCCAUGGCCUAGCCAGGGAGACACCGGCCCACCCCCUUGGGUCUGCAGGGGGGUAGUCCAGGAGCCCCCUUCCCCACCCAGGACAAGGCAGCCACCCACCCUGGCUGGUCGCAUCUCAGAAAUAAAAUCUGAGUGUCCUGUUCAUCCCAGUGUGUGUGGGGAAGUGCGGCCCUAGCAGGAGUCCUGGGAGCUGGGCAGUGGGCACUGGGUGUUGGCCAGGCAGGGAGAAGAGCUUUGGUGGGCACC